AUCCCGCUAUCUUGCACCUUAACCGUCACCAACCGAGAAGAGAAUGAGAGCAACGAGGAUAGUACUAGAGCAUGUCCAUACACCAAGGAUAAGAUUCUUAGGUAGAAGAGUUUGGAAUAGCCAACCAGAGAAACCACAGCCACAUCCAGAAGCGCCAAAGGAUUUCAAGGAUAACUUUGCACAAUUCGUACAAAAACGUCAAGAUUACGUACAACCAAGUAAAAACAACCAUAUCAAUUUCUGGGAACUCCCUGAUCGUUUCCAUAAGCAUAAGUUUGCACCAUAUAGCGAUUACGAGAUAGAAGCUAUUGAGUCCGGUGGUGCUUCUCUUUAUUAAUGAAUCCAUGAAUGAAAU